UCAAAACGUUCUCCGUCCUGUCUUAAAAGAACAUAUGACUAACGAUUUAAUAAUUAGUAGAAGCCCCGCGAGGCCGAUUUGUAGUUCAACUACAAUUAAACCCAUUUCUUCAAUUGAAAAAUCGCCUAGUGACAUAACCUUAUUAGCACAGGCCAUCACCUCAUUAUCAAAUAAUAAUAAGCACAAGACGUUUGGAGACGGGCGUCUUCCGGUCUUUGACGGGAAGCCUUUGGACUGGUUGACCUUCAAGCGUGUAUAUGACAAUACACAUGCAGCAUACUCGGCUUCGGACAACUUGACUCGGAUUGGUAUGGCGCUGCGAGGAGCGGCACAAGAUUCUGUGGCGGUACUGCUAGUCUCUGCGCGAGACCCUAUCGAGUUUGGAGAAGAAAAUGAUUAGUGACCCAGGCUACGCUGAGCGCUAUAGACAAAAUAUUCACGACCUCGUUAGUAAAGAUUACGCUGAAAUAUGUCAGAAUGAGCCAUCUUCGAAUUCCGUAUGUUGGUUUUUACCUCAUUUUGGCGUAGUGAAUCCUAACAAACCGGCAAAACUGCGUGUAGUCCAUGAUGCUGCCGCUAAAAUUAAAGGGGUUAGUUUAAAUUCACUUUUACUUACAGGGCCAGAUUUAUUACAAUCAUUAUUCGAUAUUUUGCUUCGAUUUAGAGAAGGAAAGGUAGCGAUGACAGCUGACAUUAAAGAAAUGUUUCCUAGAUUUAAAAUUAUUAAACAAGACAGGGAUGCGCAACGGUUUUUGUGGCGUGAUAACCCUAAUGUACCCAUAACUACCUACAGGAUGUCCUCUAUGAUUUUUGGUGCAGUGUCGAGUCCCUUUACGGCUAUAUAUAUGAAAAAUAAAAACGCUUUAGAAGUUAAAGAUCAAUAUCCCGAAGCAGUGCAUGGCAUUAUAUAUGACACUUAUAUGGAUGACUAUAUAGGUUCGGUAGAUUCCAGUGAUAGAGCUGCUCAGUUGGCUGCCGAUAUUGUCCAUGUCCAUGCUCGUGCAGGACUGGAAAUGCGCGGAUGGAUAUCGAAUGACCCGAAUGCACUUCGUUUAUUACCAAAACAUCUUUUAUCGGAAUCAGUAUCUGACAUUAACAUCGAUCUAGCAAAUCUUCCGUCCCUGUCACCAUGCGUCCGUGCAUUGGGAUUAUACUGGCACCCUUCUAGAGAUCUCAUAGGUUUUAAUACCCCAAUUAAACAAGGCCAAGAGACCUUGCCCAAUCCGCUUACCAAGCGUGUAAUACUAUCUUUAAUCAUGCGAGUUUUCGACCCGUUAGGAAUCCUCGCGCCUAUCGUUAUUCGCGGUCGUAUUUUACUCCAAAAUGCUUGGCGAAUGAAUUUAGACUGGGAUAUCGAGCUCCCUAACUCUGAAACCAUUGCAUGGAAUAAUUGGUUUCAGGAUUUAAUUACUACCGCCAAGAUAAAAAUUCCGCGUUGUUAUAAUCAUCAUUUUUUGCAACCAAGUCAAACCGAGUUACACGUCUUUGCCGACGCCAGUGCCCAAGCUUACGGAGCAGUAGCAUAUUGGCGCUUUACAUACUCUAACGGAGACGUACAACUCGCUUUGGUCUGUAGCAAGUCACGUGUAGCUCCUUUGAAACCAUCUAGUAUUCCUAGAUUAGAAUUACAAGCUGCAUUAAUAGCCGCACGUUUAGCUACGACCAUUGUAGAAGCAGUAAAAUUUAAACCUAUAAAACGUACAUUUUGGUGCGAUUCAAUGAAUGUUUUGGGUUGGCUUCGCAAUGAUUCACGAUCAUACAAAACAUUCGUAGCUCAUAGAGUAGGUGAGAUAAUUGAACUCACGGAUGUUAGUGAGUGGCGUUGGGUUCCUACUAGUCUUAACGUUGCUGACGAUACGACGCGUUUGGACCGAGGUCCACUAACUCCAGACUCGCGUUGGAUAAAGGGACCUAACUUCCUUCUUACUUCCGAUUGGCCAAAAGAACCUAGUGUUACUCAUGCUCACCCUAUUGAUAUCGCUCCUCAACUCGAAACUCAUAUUCAUCUCAUUAAUGAAACGGUGGUGUUGCAUAGUCCGAUUUCAGCUGACGCGCGACGUUUUAGUUCAUGGAUUCGAUUAAUUCGUACAACAGGCUAUGCUCACCGUUACUUAUCAUUGUUACGUUUGGUCUCAUUAAGAAAAAAAGGCCUUAAUAUAGAACUCAUUCAUAAAGUAGAAGGCCACAUUUUCACUUUUCAUUCACCAUUCAAUCCAAACAUUAAUCAGCAAUGUAAUAAUAUACGUAGCACACUAAACUCGGACGAUUUACUUUUAGCAGAAAAUCACGUGUUACGUAGAAGCCAAUUAGACUCGUUCUCACAAGAAAUAAAAUCUAUUACAAUCGGUAUACCUGUGUCACACCGUAGCAGAUUAUCAAAAUUACCAGCUGUUAUUGAUAAAAACAACAUAUUACGACUAUCCACUCGUAUCGUAGCAGCUUCCGACAUAAAUGAAGAUAUGAAAUCUCCGAUAUUGCUUGAUGGAAAACACCCUACUGUCCGGCUACUCGUGCUACAUUAUCACCGCAAGGCAGCCCACGCCAACACAGAAAUGGUUGUCAACGAGCUACGACAAUGUUACUGGAUUUUAAAUCUUAGAAGCACAGUUAGAUCAGUAGCCUUCAAUUGUCAAUUUUGUAAAGUUCGCCGUUCUGUGACAUAUCAACCGACUAUGGGUAAUCUUCCAACAGCCAGACUCGCUCACCACUGCAGACCUUUCUCAUUUGUAGGUCUAGAUUAUUUUGGGCCCGUAACAGUAGCAGUUGGGCGUAGAAGAGAGAAACGUUAUGUGGCUCUAUUCACAUGCUUGUCAGUUCGAGCAAUCCAUCUUGAGAUCGUCCACUCACUUUCAUCAGAUGCUGCUAUAAUGGCAUUACGACGCUUCAUAGCUCGCCGUGGAACACCUUCGGAAAUCCAUUCUGAUAAUGGAACUAGCUUUGUGGGAGCAAACAGGGAGCUGAGAGCCUUGUAUUCAGAAGUAACUUCCAAUUUUGCGGCUGGAGAAAUGAUUAAGUGGAAAUUCAUACCUCCAUCUGCUCCAUUCAUGGGAGGGUCUUGGGAGAGACUCGUGAGGUCCGUAAAGACAGCCUUAAAAGUAACUCUGGGCAACAAUAUUAGAUCACCUAUUGAUGAAGUAUUCUCCACAUUACUUUGUGAAGCAGAAGCACUGGUAAACUCACGCCCCCUAACACACGUGGCUUGCGACCCCCAAUAUCCAGAGGCACUAACACCAUCACACUUUCUGCUUGGUUACUCUUCAGGACGUCCCAUCCCAGCCAAUUUAACGGACAGCGAUAUAUGUAGUAGAGCAGGCUGGAGGAGAGCACUACGUAUGGCGGAUCAUUUUUGGAAAAGGUGGAUAACCGAGUACCUACCUACAUUAUCACCAAGAAAAUUCGUAGGUAAAGUGCCACAAGUUUCAAUUGGAGAUAUCGUUAUAGUCGUUGACGGCACACUACCUAGAGGUACUUGGCCUAAAGGCCGAAUUACAGCUAUGUAUCCGGGUAAGGAUGGCGUGACACGGGUCGUAGACGUUAGUACUCAGGCAGGUGUGCUACGUAGACCGAUUAAGAAAAUCAUCCCUAUUUGUUAA